AUGUCCGAAAACGACGAGUCACAUUAUAGUGACCUUGAUUACCUCCUCAAGCAGAAGGAAGAGGAGUUAAAAGGACUAGGAGCCAUGCGAGCCAGGGCACUGGAGAGAACCAAUGAAGAACUUAAGGAGCAAAUUGAGAAGUUCUCUAAUCUGUUGAAAAUCAAAGAAGAUGAGAAUGAGAAACUUAGGCAGCAAUUCUCCCACAUAAAUUUUAAAAGGGAAGAAUAUGAGAAUAAGAUUAAUUCCUUAAUGAAUACGCUUCAGGAGAAGGAGGCUGUCUUUUAUAAUGAUAUAAUGAGAGAACGAAAGGAGUCGUAUAAUUACAAACAAGAAAUCGCCAAAUUAAGAGCUGACUUAGAGGUUAAUUCCUAUCCUCAACAGGAUAUUAUGAAACUUACAUCCGAAUUUAACCUUAAAAAAGAAAAAUAUGAGAAGACUAUCCAAGAUCUACAAAUGGGUUCAAUGAAGGUUCCAGAUUAUCGAAAACAACUCCUAGAAGAGAAAGAGGAAGAAAUAAACCAAAUAAGAACAGAAUAUAUGGGGUUGCUCAAUCAGAAAAAUUCCUUACUCUCUGAGAAAGACAGAGAGAAUGAAGAGCUUGUGCAACAAUUGGAAGACAAAAAGAGAGCAAUCUCUCGUUUAGAAAGCGAUGAAAGACUCCAUGAGGAAGGUCUGCGACAACAUGUGGAUAGCCUAAAGAAGCUAGUAGAGGUAAAGAACAAAUCUAUUGAUAAACUCGAAGCUGAACUCCAAUCAAUUAAGGAAGAAAUGAAUUUGAAUGAGAAAGAGUUCCUACAUGAAGUGAAACGUGAGAAAGAGGACCUCCUCUCCAUGGUCAGACAGGAAAGAGACCAAAUGCAGAACGAAAUGAAGGAUUUCGAGAGACUCAAAACAUCAGAGAUUCGUGACUUGAAGAGGAACUACGAGGAGCAAAUUCGAUCUCUUGAAUUCACAAACCAAAGAUUUCAGAAGGAUAACCAAGCCCUUACUACUGAGUAUGAAGCCCAGGAGAGUUAUAUACAGAAGAAUACCAUGACUGAUGAGAUAAAGAGAGUUUAUGAGGAUUGUGACAGACAAGUUGAGAAAGUCUCCAAGAAACUCAGAGAAGUAGAAGAUAGGUAUAAGGACCUCAGAUAUGAAUUCGGUGAGCUCCAGGAAGCAAACCUCCUCAUGAAGCAAGAUCUAGACGCUAAGGAUGAUUAUAUCGAAGAACUUGAAAAUAAAGAACCCAAAAAGGCUUAUGAGCCAGUCUCUUCGGUGAUGAAAGGUGUUGAUAAGUUUGAGCUUGAGACGUUGAAGAAGAAAUUGAAGAAUAAUGAAGAAGAAAAUGUUCGCCUUCGAGCUCAAGUAAAUACAACUCAAAAAGAGCUAGACCGUCUGAAAGAUAACCUCAUCAUUCGAGAAAGAGAGAUUUAUAACAUCAAGAAAUCCAUUGCCAAUAAUGGAUCGUUUCCUUCUGAUAAGAUCAAGUUUGGAGAAUCUGCAGGGAAGGAUAAGCCAAAGUCUGAGUUUAUGCUGAGUAUUGAGUCAAACCCUAAUUUAGUAAAUGAGUUCGCUAAAAUGACUGGAAGCUCAGGCUUCAAAUAUUCCAGAGGUCCUUAUGAUGAAUCUAUGGAGAAAAUGAGAAAGGAACUUAGGCAGCAGGAUAAAGAAUUUGAUUUAAAAACUCUCUCUGAAGCUUCUUUAAGCAGACAAGAUGAGACUAGAAGUCCUCGGGAGAGGACACUUGCAUUAAUAAUGGGGGAAGAAUUGAUAUCCCCAACAGGAGAUCUUAAAAUUGAUUACAAUGCUGUCCUCGAAGAAAAUAGACAACUUAAAAUGAUUAUCAAAGAGAUGAGGAUCGAGAUGGAAAACAUUGCCCAGCAACGUGGAAAGUCACCUGACAAGAACAGCUUUGCUUCUUUACUAUCCCCCAAAAGGAAUAACUACCUUGAUGAAGCUAAUCUAAAAUUACUUGAAAAAGAAACUGAAAUAGAGCAAUUAAUGGAAGAAAUUGAGCGUCUUAAAGGAAGAAAUCCAGAUGGCCAUCCUACCACCCACAGUGUAGAGAAAUAUGAAAAGAAGCUUGAAGAGAAGAGAAAGAUUAUUGAGAAACUCAGAGAGGAAAGAGACAACCUCCUUGAAAUCUGUUCAGAGAUGAAAAUAGAAAUCAACAGUAUGAAGAAACAACAGGAAAGAGUCCCUCAUGAAGAGAAUGUAAAUAUUAACAACAUUGUUACCAAGUCUGUUAAUAUGUCCCAAAAGAAGGCAGAUAUUGAAAAUGUCAAAUCAAGGCUAGACAACCUUGGUGAGCAUGUACAAGAACUUUUCUCAGAUUUCAAGUCUGCUCUGAAUCAAAAUAAGAGAGGAAAUCCUGCGUUUGCAUGGAAGAGGCCCAAUACAGCAAGCAAGGCUAAUAUUUCUGUAUCUGCUCCUAAAGUCACCAAGUUAUUCAGCAAAUUUGAAAAGAUUCAGGAAAAAAUCAGGCUAGAAAAGAGGGGGAUUCUCUCUUCAGAAAAGAAAGUCAGGAAGAAGAGCACUAAGAGGAGGAACAAAUCCUCUGUUAGAGGUAUUGCCAUGACUCUUCUAGAGCGGAACAACCCCAGUGGGAACAGCCAGGGCUUGUACUAAGUUUAAUUAUAGGCACAAUAUUUUAAUUUA